AUGAAGGAUCUCCAAUCUCCUAACAUACGAUCUUACAAAUCGUAUGAAGGAGAUCGGAACCUUCAACUAGUUGAUCCUGCCGACUUAAAACCGGUUAGAGGAAUCUAUGUUGUUAGAGAAUCAAAGCGUAAUCAAUCUCCCAUGACAUCAGAUCUAUGGCGUAAAAUUUCCUACAAGGACCUGCCCGUUAAAUCCAGGAGACCUCCUUCUCAUUCAAAAACAUUAAAAGGAUGGUGGAACGAUCCUGAGAUUAAGAGAAAGAGACGAGUGGCCAAAUACAAGCUCUAUUCGGCUGAAGGAAAGGUGAAGAAAUCUUUGAAAAAGAGUUACAAAUGGAUUAAGAUCCAAUGCGCAAAGAUUAUUCAUGGAACAUAG